AGAAGUAGUUAAGGAAGUGACGUGUGUUUAUAGUUCAUGCGGGCAGAAGUGGGUGACGCUGUGGCCGCCAAUAUAUGGAAAGCGUCACUGGCUUUUUAAAGUAAAGAUUUCAUGUAAGAUCAGGUAAAACCAUGCUGCGAAUAUGGAUUACCUUAACUUGCUGGCAUGAGUAAGCGGAAGUCGAAGGACACUCAGUGGACUGCAGGAGAAUGCGUUUCGCAGGCUCAAAAAAUACUAAGGGAGAGAUACUGCUACCAGCGGGUUCCAUCGUCUCCGGUGGGGAUCGAAUCGCAGCGCAAAAACUUGUUGGAGCUGCUGAGGAGGACAGCCAUUCAUGGGGAGAGUAAUUCUGUGCUCAUCGUGGGACCCAGGGGGUCUGGGAAGACGAUGCUCCUCAAGUCGGUCCUCAAGGAGCUUUUUGAAGUUAGAGAGGUCCAGAGCAAUGUGCUGCUGGUUCACCUGAAUGGUCUGCUGCAGACUGAUGAUAAAAUCGCUCUGAAAGAAAUCACCCGUCAACUCCAGCUAGAAAAUGUUGUUGGGGACAAAGUGUUUGGCAGUUUUGCUGAGAAUCUCACCUUUCUUCUGGAAGCUUUAAAGAAAGGCAAUCGCAGCUCCAGCCGACCGGUGAUCUUCACGCUGGAUGAAUUUGACCUCUUUGCCCACCACAAGAACCAGACACUGCUUUACAAUCUCUUGGAUAUUUCUCAGUCGGCGCAGACGCCAGUGGCCGUGGUUGGCCUCACCUGCCGUCUGGAUGUUCUAGAGCUGCUGGAGAAGAGGGUCAAGUCGCGCUUCUCCCACCGGCAGAUCCAUCUGCUUAACCCCAUGGAUUUCCACCAAUACAUAGAGACCACACAGGAGCAUCUGGGUCUACCGCAGGACUUCCCUGACGAGCGUUUCGCCCAGGAGUGGAACAGCAGUAUCAAGAUGUUGUGUGAGGACAGGUCAGUGAAGGACGUCUUACGGAAGCAUUUCAACACCAGCAAAGACUUCAGAUCGCUGCACAUGCUGCUGUUGAUGGCCUUAAGUCGUGUGACCCCAACAAACCCAACCAUCAAGCCAGGAGACAUCCAGGAGGCUAGCCGACUCUGCAGCAUGGAUGCCAAGGCCAACAUCUUGCAUGGUCUUUCCAUUCUUGAGCUCUGUCUGAUCAUCGCCAUGAAGCACCUAAGUGAGCUGUAUGAUGGCGAACCCUUCAACUUCCAGAUGGUUCAUAAUGAGUUCAAGAAAUUCAUACAAAGAAAAUCUCAUUCUAUCCACAAUUUUGAGACGCCUGUUGUAUUAAAGGCAUUUGAGCACUUACAGCAGCUAGAACUGAUCAAUCCCAUGGAUGGGCCAUCAGCCAAGAUCCAGAAGGAGUACCAGUUAGUAAAGCUCAUGCUGGACCACAGCCAGAUUAUGGAAGCCCUGCAGAAAUACCCACAAUGCCCCACUGAUGUCAAACAGUGGGCCACCUCUGCCUUUGGGUGAAGUGCCAUUGAUCUGAAUUUGACUCCUAGCAUGCAUUUGCAAAAAGUGUUCAUAAAAAUGAAACAUAACUUGGGAGGACUUUUUUUUAAAAAAAGUACUUUUAGUGUCCCCACCUGAUCACUUGCAUGUCACCAAAUGCUCACUAAACUAAGGUAUCAGCCCAGUGGCGCUGAUUGAUAGCAGGAUGGAUCCUGUUCCUGAACUUGGUGCUGACCUAUGCAUUAUGCAUGGAUUUGGCCCCUGACUGUUUCCCAGUGUUACCUGGGUUUCUGUUGGACACCAUGUCUUUACUGUCCUAAUAAGGCAACUUCCACCUGGGUGCUACAGUAUGGUUAUUAAUAAAUGACUAAGUUAAGUUA